AUGGAUCAAAAGUUAAAUCUUGCAGGGAAGAGAAAAUCCAAUUCUAAACCCUCAACUCCCAGAACCAAAGGCUUAAUCAAGAGUAGCGAUGAACCUCCACCUCGUAGAACAAAUUCAAAAAAUUCGUCAAGGCCUCAUCACAGACCUUUUAACUCAUACGGAGGAGCUGGACCAGGUUUUUCCGAUCGGUUUGAAAAAGCUGUAAAAGAAAACUUUGUUAAAAGUUCCUUAAAAAGCUCUAACUCCUUUUUGAAUUGGAUUAAAGUCUUAUUCAAAUUUAAAGGGGGUUAAAAAAAAUAAAUUAAAUUCUUAUCAAUGAAAAUAUUAAAAUUAAAAAGCAUAAAUUGAAAAACUAUUUUGAAUUUUAAUUAAUUUUUAUGAAUUAAUUGUUCGAAAAAUUAAUCAAUUCAGUGUGAAAACAGUUUUAAUAAUAUUAUCUCACAAUUUUUUAUUUAAAUUAGGUCAAAAAAUGGAAAUUUUAUAGAUAUUUGUUCCAAUUUAAAAGAAGGAGUAAAGAUGCUUUUCCUGCAAAAGUAGCUGGCAGAUCCAGUCCUAGAAAAUCUCCUCCUCCCCAUUCAGCUCCCAAGCAUAGAAGAACGACUUCUCUUGCAGAGAGACCAGAAACUCAUGGAGGAAAUAGAAAUAUAGACCCUGAAAUGACUCACAAAAGGAAAUUUUCACUGGAAAGGCCAAAAGAAAUUAUGGUUGUUUCUUCAUUUGCCCAUAGAUCUCAAAAAGGCUUUAUCCCAGGGAAUCCUCAAAAGCAGAAUCAAGAUAAUUUUAUUACCUGUGUUAAUUUUGGAAUGAGUGCCGAAUGCUAUUUCUUUUCAGUCUGUGAUGGGCAUGGACUUUAUGGUGGAGAAGUUUCAGGGUAUAUUAAGCAACGGUUCCCUACAAUUCUUAGCCAAGAUCCAAAUCUAUUAGGAAAUCCACGAAGAGCAUUGAUUUCAUCAGUGAUUAAAGUGAAUUCUGAGCUAAACCACCAAGAAUUUGAUAUUAGCUUUAGUGGCUCUACAAUGGUUUCGGUUUUAAUCCGUGGGAAAAAGCUAUGAUGUGCAAAUACAGGGGAUUCCCGAGCCCUUUUAGGAAGACAACUGUCAGAUGCAUUUCUGUCUCAGCAAAAUAUCCCUGUCAAGCAGUCUGGAAAGCAUUGGAUGUCUAUAGCACUCUCAAGAGACCAUAAGCCUGAUGAUCAAGACGAAUCGGUCAGAAUUUUGCAUUGUGGAGGUAGAAUUGAAGCUUAUCAAGACGAGCAAGGAAACCCAUUGGGGCCAGCCAGAGUAUGGCUUAAACAUCAAGAUAUUCCUGGUCUUGCAAUGUCGCGCUCUAUAGGAGACGGAGUUGCCAGCUCAGUUGGCGUUAUUUGCGAUCCAGAAAUUUUGGAGUUUUCUUUAACUCCUGAUGAUAAAUUUUUAGUCAUUGGAAGCGAUGGCAUUUUUGAGUUCUUGAGCAAUGAAGAAGUAGUAAAAAUAGUUGUGCCUUAUUGAAAGACAAGAGAUGUUCAAGGCGCUUGCGAUGCACUUGCUAACUCCCCCCCUCCGUGAGUGAAUAAAUUAUUGGAAACAUCCCAUAAGUGAUUAUUAGUAUAAUGAAAUCUCUAGCAAAUUCUGAUUAAUUUUAAAUAAAUUACAUUUUUUAAAACAUAACUUUACAAAUAAAUUAAUAUUUGCUUUCAAAUUGAAAUUUUUUUAAAUUACGAAACCAAAAAUUUACUAUCGUUAUUUGCAGAUUUUUGAACUUUACCACUUAAGUGUGGAAUUUUUUCCGCGUGUGAAAAGGCGUUUUUCACGUGUGGAGCCCUUUUGAUUUCACAAGUGGAAUCCUCUUUUCACACGCGGAAAAAAUUCCACACUUAGGUGGUAAAGUUCAAAAAAUCUGCAAAUAACGAUAUUAAUUUUAUAUAUAUAAUUGUUUUUAAAAUAUUUAACCCUUCAAUGAGCGAACAAAUUUUUUGUUCUCGGAGGGAGGGGAGUAAGGAAGCAAAUAAUCGCUGGACAACAGUAAGAUUUAUGUAGGAAGAAGAAGUGAUUGAUGACAUUACAUGUGUAAUUGUUUUUCUUGAUAUUCCAAAUUAA